AUGCACUCACAUGCCCUCCAUUCUUUUGGCCACUACAUCAAGGAGCGCACCCGCGACGCGCAGUUUGUCAUCAUCAGCCUCCGCAACAACAUGUUCGAGCUGGCCGACAGGCUCGUGGGCAUAUACAAGACGGACAACGCGACCAAGACGGUCACCAUCAACCCAGGGGAGUUUGUCGUGGGCGGCGCCGGCGGCGAGCGGCGGGACGCGCGGGGGCGGGGCGACCAGGAGGAGGGCGCGGCGGCCGGCGGCGGCGCUGCUGGCGCGGGGCGAGCGGUUGCGAUGGAGGCGUAG